AUGUCUGCCGUCGCCAGAGCCAUUCGCCCCUUCGCCACCCGCACCCUCUCCCAGAAGCUCCCUCUGAGCUCUGGCCUCCGCAGGGUUUCGCCCGCCACGAGUUUCCCGCGGGGAAGCAUCCGAAGCUUUUCGCAGAGCACAUUCUUCCAAGAGAAGAGGUAUACCGAGUCCCAUGAGUGGAUCGAGCUCUCCGCCGACGGCAAGACUGCCAAGAUCGGAAUCACAGAGUACGCUGCUCACUCCCUCGGUGACGUUGUAUACGUUGAGCUCCCCGCCGCCGACCUUGAGGUCAGCGCUGGUGAGCCCGUUGGCGCCGUGGAGUCCGUCAAGUCGGCUUCCGAUGUCCUCUCCCCUGUCUCCGGAAAGGUUAUCCAGGGUAACGCCGUCCUUGAGGACAAGGCCAAGUUCAUCAACGAGAGCCCCGAGGGAGAGGCCUGGAUCGCUGAGAUCGAGGUCAGCGACCCAGCUGAGCUGGACGGCCUGCUAGAUGCCGCCGCCUACAAGGAUACCAUUGACGAGGACCAUUGAUUGAUUCACCGGAGUAUGAGCUGAAUGAGUCUAGUUUAAAACUAACGGGAGAGCGAUUCUGCUUUUUUUUUUUUUUUU